AUGGAUGGAGUAGAGAAAUCCGCUUUAUUGCCAGCCAGCCGCAGAAAAAGAGCAGAAAGAGCAGACAGUUCAGCAUUCGCAAGAACACUGGCAGCACAGAAAUAUUCUCCAAUUAACUGGAGCAAGAUCGUAAAGAGUGUGGGAUGCAUACCCUGCCAGCUAGCUAGCACAAGCGAAAUAGAUGGGAGAAACACAACGCCAAAAGAGGUAAGAUUGCCAGUACAGUGCAUAGAUGCAACAGAAAGAGAGGCUAUUUCAAAUAAUGCAGAAAAGUUCCAAAAGACGCUUUCAGAGCUUAGUAUCUCAGGCAGAGAGUGUCCUUCGGCUGUAUUCCUGUAUCCGCUGGCUAGUGGAGAGAUAGAAAAAGCUGUCAAGAAGAAAAAGAAACUUAUAGCGCUGGAAAAGCCUGCAUUUAAAAAUGAUAGCUGCAAAAAAAGAGAAGGCGUAAGAGUAAGAUUGCGUAGAAAAGAGUGGAUGAGAUCAGCUGCAGACGAGUUUAGAAGUGCAGCAAGAAGAGAAGUUGAAAAUACAGGACAGUUGGAAAAGAACAGACGCUGCUCGUCUAUGAGCAUAAGUAUUCGGAGCGUGCUAGACAGUAUAGCUGAAGAGAUGAUGGAUAAACAUGUACCAAAUAAAGCCAAACCACCAAAAGCAAAGAAGAAUAAGCCCGUUGCAAUAUUGCUUUCAGCACUCCCAGAGGUUCCUCCGAUAAAAAAAGAGUAUUUAGAGAGGGCUCCGUUGAGCAUAAGAUCGAGAAUAUUUAGAGAGGGAGUCAGCAAGCAAAUAAAAAAGCUUUUAUAG